AUGGAACAUCACGGCCAGAACAAUUCGCCACUGGGUUACAACCCUGCUGCUGGGCCCGAACAGGAAAUCACAGCUAUAACCACGGCACCUGUACAGCAAGAAACACUACAUAAAGAAUCCGAGAAAGUCAUAGCAAGCUUAGCACCUGAUUACUUCGAUCCCAUUGCGGCGGUAGAUGUCCUAGCCCUAGCAGCUCCUCCUCUGGUGAUACCUUUGGAACAGCUCAAUGACGCGCCUAAGCUGGUUGACUGCCCCUUUUGUAAAUACCGGGCUAUGACAAAGGUCACUGAAGAAAACUCAACGCAAACUGGCAUCGCCGCGCUUUUUUGUUGCCUCUUCUGCGGUAUCAUCGGUGUCUGUGUGCCGUAUAUAUGUAAAUGGGCUCAGGACUAUCAUCAUUUCUGCACCCACUGCGGUGCCAAGGUUGCCAUUCGACCUAACGAUGGCCCUGUGCAGGUGCAGAAGCCCAGCGGACCAGCUUCAAUGCCCUCUGCUUAUCCAGCAGCACCUUCGGCACCUCCUAAGCCAGCAUAG